GACCUGGACAGGAAGUCUGCUUACCCGCCUGCUUCCACUGAGCCUUGCAGUGCUCAGUAUCAUCUUCUAUUUCUCGAACAAUUUUCUCUCCGUCAUGACUUCUCCUGUGUCCACCCCUUAUUCUGUCCCGCGUGUCUCAAUCGCCGCGACCCGCGACGUCCUGGGAACCGGUGAACCUUGCGAGCUCGAGGUCGCCGUCCAUAACGAUGACGCACAGUCGACCAUGACGGUCCUGGGCUGGAAUAGCCCGCUCGACAAGAUGGCAGUCAUUCUCGGAGUAUACGAGAUACGUGAUCGCGAGACGGGUGAAGUGGUCGAAAUGGACAGAAUACAGGUCUCCAGACUACUUCCCCCACCUCCCGAGAGUUUGGUUGAAAUUAAGCCGAAGGAGUCGGAGAAGCUGCAUGUCGUCCUGAAGGGCGUUAACCUGCCUCCAGGCCGCACGUAUACGAUCCGUGCUGAGGGAUGGUGGCAGUCAGUCUGGCAUUUACCCAAGGAAGAGGUGAUUUCAAGAUACUUAGCAGAUCAGUCCGGGGCCAUUUCUGGGGAUUUCCUGUCCAAUACCGUCGAGGUUACACAAUCCUAGGAAUAGCACCAAGACAUCCUUUUUACUGCUUAUUUGCCGCCUUAUGCGGCUGGUUAUGCUUCUGACUUUGUGUGUAACUGCGAUUAAUUCGAACCUUUUAUUUUAACACUG